UAUAAAUAGAACCCAAGAUUACAUCAGUUUCUUCAUCCCUUAAUUUCAUAAGUAUCAUAACUAAGCUUUGAACAUAAAAGAAAACAUGGGUUCUAAGGCAUUUCUGUUUCUUGGCCUUUGUUUGGCUAUUUAUUUCCUGAUAAGCUCCGAGGUUGUAGCUGCGGAGUUGGCUGAGAUUUCCAACUCAAUGAAAUUGGAUAACGAGAAUGAAGUACACGUUGGCGGACGUGGCGGAUACAAUGGCGUUGGUGGUGAUGGACAUCAUGGUGGUGGUCGCGGCCGUGUUGUUCGUCGUCGUCGUCGUCAUCGUUAUAUAAUUAGGAGAUGCCGCUAUGGUUGCUGCAAGAAAGGUUACAAUGGUUGCAAAAGGUGUUGUUCCUACGCAGGUGAGGCCACGGAUAAAGUCAUUGAAGCCCUGCCUCACAACUGAUCAUUAUAUGUAAAGAGUUUAAGUUAUACAUACUGUUAAUACGUAUAAUUUUUGUAUAUACUAUGUAGUGAGAUGUAAUAAUCUUGCUACUGUAGACCUUGCUUGUAAGUUGUAACCAGUAUGAAUAAAGCCAUUCGGUUCUUACGGAUGGUUGGUCAUGUAAUGUUUUGUACAAUAUAUUGUGAUAAUAUGUUUCCAUAUUGUUUAUUUUCUUA